AUGGCUUCCCAAACUUCGUCAAAAGCACAACAACGAUUUGUAUGGGUUUGGAAAUCCAACGUUGAUCCGUGGUCAAAUGUUGAGCCAGAUGAAUGGAAACGGUAUUCGGACAUUGCGAAUUAUAUGAUAGAAAGCGCCUAUAAACAAAAGCAAAGUCAAGUCGAAUUGAAUGAUGUCUGGAUCAAUUUCAAUUUUGAAGUACAAAUCAAUAAGCAAGAUUCGAACAGACAACGGCCGAUCAAACGAAUAACACAAGGUGAAGAAUAUAUUAGACAGGAAAGAUAUACACUAGAAGAACCACAACUCACCCCAAAAUCAUUCAGCUCGACUGAUAGUAGUUGGUGCAAAUUUCUUCAGGCGGCAGGAUAUUUUGACACAGAUAUUUCAGCUAAUGCAUUAGCUGAGAAAGCAGCUGCAGGCAUUGUAGAAGAAGGUACAAAACUUGGGGAAAAAACAGACGCUGAAGCAAUGGCAGAUGCAUUGAAAAAAGCAAAACGAAAAGGUAUAGAAGAAAUUCGUGUAUGCUGCGCCAGAUUAUAUACGAUGAACAGUUUCUUGUACAAACUGAUCAAUAAAGUUAUGAGAAAUGCAGAAGUACGAUAUGGAAGAUUCGUACAUGAAAGUGAUAAAAAUUAUGCUCGCACAUUAGGACCAUAUUGUUACCUGUUAUGGAGGUAUCUCUACGCCAAAAAUCGUGAAACGGGUAUUGUCGUUUUUAGAUGUGCUGAAUUAACAAAAGAAAUGAUUGAUGAUUAUAAAAAACAUCAGGGGCAACGGGUUUCAUGGGAUGCCUUUACAAGCACAACAAAGAAGAAACAAAUAGCAAUAAACUUUGAUAAAAACACUUUGUUUCACAUCUUCAUUAAUAAUGAAAGAGAUUCUCUUGGUGGUCCAUUCUAUCACCCUCGUUGGCCCGUUCGUGCAGUUGAUAUAUCUUCAUUGUCAGAAUAUCCAUAUGAGGAGGAAGUUUUAUUAGCGGCUGGAACACAGAUGGAGAUAAAUUCUAUUGAAUAUGAUCGGAAAAUUAAUAAAUACUGUAUUGCCUUGACCGCUUAUGGUCGAAAUUAA